CUAAAUAUACGGGAGCAGGAGAGUAAGGAGAAGAAACGGCAAGAUACAAUAGGGAGUGAGGCAUCGGGAGGAGGGAGGCAUUUAUGCACUGUAUGUGUUGUUUCUAACUGUGAAGUAGGAGGAGAAGCGCACCAGGCGGGAGGAGGAGGAGGAAGGGGUGCUUCCUCUUUAGUCUGAGUAGAGCUGCUGAGGUAUCCCAGCAGCCCCAGCCUGUGGCGACAGGAAACCUUCUUAUAAAAAGCUGCAUCGCAGGGGGAACCCUCCUAAGUGCCUCUGAGACACAGCAUGACCAGGACCAAGAGCCUGAGAGUGUGGACCUAACAAAACAAUGCCCAGCAUAAAAGCCCUACCACCCAGCACGCAUCACUUCAUCAUGGACCGAGAUGACAGGAACAGAAACAACACCAUUGGAAAGAACUUUAUGUGCAGACUCCAGUGCAUGUUCUCACAGCCGCAUCAAUGCUCAGAGAGGCUAAGUUUAGAAGAUACCCAACAAUGGUCACAGUCCUUGGAAAGGCUCCUUGAAUCUAAAUAUGGACUGGCUACCUUUCGUAACUUCCUAAAAUCAGAAUAUAGCGAUGAGAAUAUUGAAUUUUGGCUCACUUGUGAGGACUACAAGAAGACUAAGUCUUCAUUUCGAAUGUCCUCAAGAGCUAAGAAGAUUUAUGAGCAGUUCAUCAAAGCAGAAUCACCUAAAGAGAUCAACAUUGACUAUCACACUCGAGAGCAGAUCAAAAGGAACGUCAAGACUCCCACCAUGAACUGCUUUGACGAAGCUCAGAAGAUAGUUUACGGGCUGAUGGAAAGAGACUCGUACCCGCGGUUCCUCCGCUCGGACGUUUAUAGAACACUCCUGGAAAGCCUCGCUGCUGACGCCACGAAGGGAUGAAAGCGCGGUCAGGAGGAGAGAGGAAGGAGAAUAAAACCGGUAACUGGAAUGUUUGAGGCUCCUUCAAGAGGAGGAACUGAAAACAGAAGCAAGGAGGAUCCACCAGUGUGGUACCAGGACACAAGCAGAGGCCCGCGCACCUCGGCGAUCCCACUCCCGUUCUACACUAAUAGAGGAGAGGGUCCCCACAUUUAGCACCGCACACCUGAGGACUUUUUUUUUUCCACAAUCAUGACUCUGUAGAAAUGUCACAGUUUAAAGAUUGUGCAGGACAACUGAACACCUCUGACAGUGAAUGAAUUGGCAAGGUGAUGGACUUCUGCUGUGACAGUAGAGCUGCGAAAGCAAAGCCUUCAAUAGAUGCCCUCGGACCUUUGCUUGGAGAGGUGUUUCCUGUGCAGAUUUAAUAUAUAGGAUACAACAAUCACAACUUAUUAACUCCCACUUUCUCCCUCAUGGUUGAGAGGGAGAAAUAAAUAUAGACCGAAGGUGAAAUUAAGAAAGCUAGACUAUUUAGACGGCACUUAAAGAGCAUUUACUUAGAAUGAGCGGUUGCCAAAGAGCCGGUCAGUAAUCAGAUAAUAGCGCUAAGAAAGAAAAAAAAUCUAAUGCAGGCAGAUAAUUCAAUAAUGAUCUGUCUUUUCUAAGUAUUAAUUAUUUAAAAAAAUAUUUUUUUCUUUAAUCUCAAUUGGAUUAAAAUGCAUUUUGUUGUUUUUUGGAGGAAUUUUGAGGAAUUUUGUCCUCAUUGUUUAGCUUCUUUGCGGUUGAUUAUUUUCAGACCAUAUUUUGCAAGUACUUUCUUAAAUUUAAAAUGGAAGUUAAAUUAAUAUACAUUAAGAAAAGAAAAUCACCCACAUUUAAAAAAAAAAAAUUGUGGAAUCUUGACAAAUGUUGCACUAUUGAACCCAAGAACGUUCCAUUUUGAGGUUGCUUACGCAAAUUUAAUUUGCGACCUGGUCGAUUGCGUGUCAAAUAUUAAAAUCGACGUCUAGCAGUACAGAAACAUAAUGAGUUUUGUGUUUGAUAUUGAUAGAAAUAGGACAUGUUACACUGCAUGAGAAUGUGGUAAAACUCCUUACAGAUGUUGAGAAUUGGCCUUAUUACUUAUUACCACAGCACACAGGGUGAAUGUAUGCUUAUCAGGAAUUUUAACAGUUAAAUUAACUUAACAUUUGCACAUUGUAUUAUUUAUUGCAUACUGUCACAAUUUGAGUGAAAAUGUUUGUUUAAGUGUUGAAGUGCUCCAUCAACCGCUAGUAGAUUUAAAAUAUUUUAAAUUACUUGAACCACUUUAAAUCAAAGUGGACCCUAUUACUUUCCUCUAUCAGAUUAGUUUAAUCUCUUCUUGCUGCCCUUAUUCCAGUCCUGAAGCUAGUUCAAAAAAGGCAACACACUUGGAAAAAAGCCGGUCUUGAAAGAAUGCUUUCCAAGCUGAAGUGAUGUUCGCACAUGAUGGUGAGUGGUGUGGCUUUACGCAAUGAUAUACCAAGGAAGCAAGAAAAGAUAGUCAGCAGUCUUUUGCACAUGUGAUAAAUAUAUAUUCAUUAGCGUCUAUUUUAAAUAUUUUACACUUUAUUUACGCCUUUAAAAUUAGCAUAGAUGUGAGAGUUUAGACUGAUAAAUCCAAAAGGGGCUGUUUGUUCCUCUUCUCACUUUGUAUUUUUUAAUGUCACUGAAAAGCAUUUUUUGACACACAAGUGACAUGUGCGUUUGACAAACCGGAACCCCUGGACUUCCAGUUUCUUGAGAAAUCAGGCGUUGAGAGAAAUGAGAUUUUCUCAGUUUUACUUUGUGCUGUCUUUUUUUUUUUUCUGCAUGCACAAAUGUCUUAACGCUGCAAAGAUCAGACCUUAGUCAAACAAAGAGUAGCAAUUUCAGCAAAACCUUGUCAUAAAACGUGUAGUAGAAAUCACAGUUUCUGCUUCAGUGACUAUAGUAGUGCCUUGAAAACGUAUUCAUGCCCCUUGAAAUCUUUUACAUGAUUUGUUUUAAGUUACCACCACAGAUUUUCAUUUAAUUUAUAAUGUAGUGGAUUAUUGUAAAUUGCAGAAGAAAAUGAUAAAUGUUUUUUCACUAUGUUUGUAAAAACAAAAACUUGAAAAAUGG